AUAUUCAACCCCCUCUUUUCUCUCUCUUCUUCCCAGAAAAAAAAAAUAUAUACCCACACAUCAAAGAUUCGUCCUGUAUGCGACGCCUCGACUUUGAUACUUCUCUCUCCUUCCUGCCUGCCUUCCUUCCUUCUUACUACGCUCUCAGAUCAUUUUCCCCAUCACACCAAACUCUAAUCUUGCAAGAAAUUUUUCUGUUUUAUAAAGUUUCAAUUUUUCUUUGUUGUUGAAGAAAAAGAUUUUCUUUGCAAUUCCUUUUUUGUUUUUGUUUGUGCAUUGUUUGGUUUGGAUUGUCUUAAGUUUAUUCCGUUUUCUGAUUCUGUUUGGAUCCCAUAUUCUCAUCUCAUAUUCUCUCAUUCUUUCCAUUUCCCUCUUGUUGCUUCGGAUCUAUCUAUGUUUACACCAUCUGAAGAACCCGCUUCAUAUAAUUUGCUUCAUUACCAUCAUCAUCAUUAGCAGUUAAGAAACAACGGAGGAAGAAGACAUAAAAAGAAAUGGAUUAUGCAGAGAAGAUGCAGAGAUGCCAUGAAUAUGUAGAGGCAUUAGAGGUAGAAAGGAGUAAGAUUCUGGUCUUCAAACGCGAGCUUCCUUUGUGUUUAGAGCUUAUCACGAAAGCGAUUGAGGCAUGUCGGAGGGAGUUAUCGGGAACGACGACGGACUACUUGCAUGGGCAAUCGGAGAGCUCAGAGCAGACGUCCAGUGAAGGAACUAAACCGGUGCUUGAGGAAUUUAUUCCCAUCAAGAAGACCAACUCUUCUUCCGAUAAUGAUAAUGAAGAGCAAUAUUUACACAAGCGAAACAAGAACAGCAGCACCAACAAGGACAAGAACAGUAGUGAUCACAAGAAGAAAUCUGAUUGGCUUAGAUCUGCCCAGUUGUGGAAUCAAUCCCCAGAUCCAACUCCCAAAGAGGAUGUGUCUAGAAAGGCAGUAGAGACGGAGGUGAACAGGAAUGGGGGUGCAUUUCAGCCAUUUCAGAAGGAGAAAACUACAGGGAAGAAUGUUCAGACUACUGCCAAAAACCCCUCCUCAGUGCCGGCUUCGGCAACCAGUUCGACAACAGAGACGGGAGCAGGAGGGACUGGUGGUGGAAGUACUAGAAAAGAAGAGAAAGACGGGCAAAGUGAAAGAAAGCAAAGGCGGUGUUGGUCACCGGAGUUGCAUCGACGCUUCUUGCAUUCCCUUCAACAGCUUGGUGGUCCACAUGUUGCAACGCCAAAGCAAAUAAGGGAGCUAAUGAAGGUGGAUGGACUGACUAAUGAUGAAGUGAAGAGCCAUUUACAGAAAUACCGUUUGCAUACAAGAAGACCAAGCCCACCAAUCCACAAUAACAGCAAUCCACAAGCACCACAGUUUGUGGUUGUUGGAGGCAUCUGGGUGCAACCACCUGAAUAUGCAGCAGUGGCAGCAACAACAGCAUCAGGGGAAACAUCCACCAUAGCUGCUGCUGCUGCAGCCAACGGAAUCUAUACACCAGUGGCUGCACCACUGUCCACAGCCCCUCCAAAGCUACAAAAGCAGCUACUUAAACAUUCUGAGCAGAUGCAAUUAGAAGAAAGAGGCAGCCAUAGUGAUGGUGGUUUUCGUUCUAAUUCCCCAGCUACAUCUUCCUCCACACAUACCACCACAAAUUCCCCUUCGUUUUGAUUAUCAGAACAUGAGAAUGGUGUAAAAUUUUGUAAACUAAAUAAUCAAAAAGCCAACUAUGUGAGUUUAUAUAUCAUUCAAA